AUGAAGAUUUGGUCUGCUGAAGUUUUAGUUCCUCCGUCUAAUGUAUUUGACAAGCCAGCUAUAACUAAAAGGCAUAAACGUCUCAGAGAAGGUGCUUUUAAAGGUGCUGUUGGUGCAUUGGAUGGCACUCUAAUUAGUGCGAGCAUUCCAGUCGAGAAGCAAAUACCGUAUAGAGGAAGGGGAAGAGGAGAAUGUACCCAAAACGUGCUUGCGAUAUGUGAUUGGGAUAUGUACUUUUUGUAUGUAGUGGUUGGAUGGGAACGCACUGCUCAUGACUCGAGAGUGUUGACCGAGGCAGUGCGUGAUCCAUAUUUCAAGUUUCCUUUACCUCCACCAGACAAAUACUAUCUAUGUGAUGCUGCGUACUCUCAUACACAAGGGUUUAUGUGUCCGUAUCGCAACAUAAGGUAUUGGAUAGGUGAUUACCGAAGAGUUCCUCCAACGGCAAAAGAGGAGAAGUUUAAUCAAGCCCAUGCUCGAUUGAGGAAUGUGAUUGAGAGAGCAUUCGGGGUAUUGAAAGUGGAAGUCGAAGUGGAAGCGGAAACGGAAGAAAAUGCACCUCGUCUAUUUGGACGACAAGAACAGAUAUAUAUGAACAACUUACGUGAUGAGAUAGCUAGUCUCCUUUAGAUUUUGUUUCUUCUUUUAUGUUUGUAGGACUUUAAUCUUUAGAUUUUAUUGUUUUAUGAUGUUUAAUAUGUUUAAUUCCAUCAAAAAA